GAGUGUGAGUGAGUGCGCAUGUUCCUCGCAACUUGCUGACAGCCGAAUCGAGCUCAGUGUGGAACGAGAGGAGGAGAGGAAGGGUUAUGUUGCGCUGUGCCUCCGCCUCACGUCACUCGCUGCCUCCGCGCGUCGCUCCAACUUUCCUGAACAGAGUCUUACUGAAUCUCUGAACAGUACGAGACGAGGCGAGUCCUGGGAGGGAGGACAGGCAGUGUGGCUCGUUCCCCUUCACUCAUGCACAGCAGUGAGGGAAUAACACUGCUGCAGUCACUUAGAUAAGAAUAAGGAAGGGACUCGCCAAGGUGUGGGCAGAGAACGCUAUUAAUAUUAUCAAAGUGCAGCGGAAAAUUCACAUUGACAUUAAAGGAAACACUUUAAAGUCUCUGAAUAAAAGAAAAAAAAAAGUUGUUUGAGAAAAGUUAUUUGAUCGGUCACAGGAAACGUUUCGAGUGGCGAUCACGUAACGUUAAUUGUUGGAAUACCAAAGAAAAGAAGAGGAAAACUGCUUUGUACAGAAAAGAUAACGUCGCAAUAUUAAAUCAAGAAAAGUUAUCCACUACUAUAUACAGAAAAAUGUUGAUAUAUAGGUUAGAAUAACACAAACGUUACGUGCGAAAAAAAAAAUAAUAAUAACGCGAUAAUGUAAGAAAAUAUUGAUGAAAAUAAUACCAGUGAUUAUUAUUAUUAUCAUUUUCUGAAAACUGAAUACACGAGAGAGAGAGAGAGAGAGAGAAUGUACAAAGGAAUUAAAAAUUAACGUCAAUUAGAAACAAAACAACAAGGAAAGGAGGAAAAAUGAGAUUACCUGUGCUAAUUAUCGCCUUCUCAGCGACAACCACCACCACCACCACUCCCGCCACGGCCCACCUACGGCACCACGGCGGGGAGAGAGAGCCCUUGGAGGAAGCCCAUGAGGAGGAGGUGGCGGUGGUGAGCCUGAAGGUGCCGCCCUAUGUGCCACGAGGUCAGGACGCAGAGCUGGAGUGCCACUGGAGGGUGCCACGGCUGUAUUCCCUCAAAUGGUACUUCAACGGUCAGGAAUUGUUUGGGUUGCGUCCUGGAGAAGCUCCUAGCCGAGUGUUGCACCGCCUCCCUGGCCUGCGUGUGGAUAGCGCUCGGUCCACGGGUAGCAGGCUGGUGUUGGUGGGCGUGGGCGUGUCAGCGGGCGGGCGGUACAAGUGUGAGGUGAUCGGAGAGGCGCCUGGAUUCCUUACAGCUGACAGGAGCGCAUAUAUGGCUGUAGUGCACAUCCCCAAGGAGCCCCCCACCAUCCAGGGGGCGCAGAGCCUGUACAGGGUGGGGCAGAAGGUUCAACUGGCUUGUUUAUCACCUCCCUCCCGCCCCCCAGCCACUCUUACCUGGUACAUUAAUGAUAGACAGGCCGCUGACGAGUACGUGGCGGGAAGGAACACCACAACGAUAUGGGGCGAUGGCUUGCUGGAGUCACGCGCCGGGCUGCAACUAAUCUUACAACCUCACCACUUUGAUCACCACGGCCAGCUGAGGCUCCGCUGUUCUGCCUCCAUCCCAGGGCUGUAUCACAAGGUCCGCCAGCACAGCAUAGGGGGUGGCCAGCCUCUCCUCGUGGCCCCAAGAGUACUGCCUCCUUCCUCCUCAUCUUCUGCGUCUUCCAGCGACAGUAGUGGUGGUGGUGUCCCUGUUAUGGAGUCAAGGGAUAGUGCCGCUGCUCCUGCUUCUGGUGGGAGUGGCCUCAGCAAGUCUGUCCCGUCUGCUGUUGUCCUGCUGCUGGCCCUGCUGACCCCACUGCUGAGACCACCACCCAGCUGACUCACUCACCGCUGACCUCAGAGAGAGAGAGAGAGAGAGAGAGAGUGUGUGUGUGCGUGUGUGUGACCUUCAUGUACACCUCUUAUGCAGUCAUUCUGUGUGUACCAAAUGCACCAAGAGCACUUACACACACACACACACACACACACACACACACACACACACGCCUCAUUAGCUCUCGCUCCUUGUGUGUACUAAUUGUUGUCUUUCUCUCUGUCUUUCUUUCUUUCUCUCUUUCUUUUCUCUACCCUUUUCUUUAUAUUUCUUUUCAAUUUCUUCAGUUUUAUAUUCUUUUGUUCGUUUUUUCUCCCCCUCCUCUUGUUUGUACUCAUUAUAAUCUUUUCCCCUCUAUUCUCCUCUUCCCCUGCAAUCUCCUCUCCUCUUACACACAAUUACUAUUUUUUUCCCUUCUUUUUCUCUCCUAUCACGUCACAUUUCCUCGUCACCUUCACUCACUCUUACGCCUGUAUCAAAAAACGUCUUGCUCUCUCACCACAAUUUCUUAACUCCCAGAGACGACUAGCCGAAUUUUCAAGACAGUUUCUCCAUAUGGUAAACUAGAAAUCUUGCAAAUCCAUCAGCAAAACCAUGAAAAUACCCUUAACCCCUUCAGUA